CCACGUAGAAAUUCAGCGACCAGGCCGGCCUGCGAGUGGGCCCCAUGGCUUCUGCUCCCAGUGCCAGCGGCGGGACCCGGAACCUGCUCCAGUUCUUGCGGCUGGUGGGUCAGCUCAAGAGAGUACCACGUACAGGCUGGGUAUACAGAAAUGUUGAAAAGCCAGAAAGUGUAUCAGAUCAUAUGUACAGAAUGGCUAUCAUGGCUUUUGUAACUGAAGAUAAGCAUCUUAAUAAAGACAGAUGUGUCCGACUCGCCCUGGUUCACGAUAUGGCAGAGUGCAUUGUUGGUGAUAUAGCUCCUGCAGAUAACAUCCCUAAAGAAGAAAAACACAAGCGAGAGAAGGAAGCCAUGAAGCAAUUAACCCAGCUAUUAUCAGAAGAUGUCAAGAAGGAAAUCUAUGAUCUCUGGGAAGAGUAUGAGAACCAGUCCAGUGCAGAAGCCAAGUUUGUGAAACAGCUGGACCAAUGUGAAAUGAUUCUCCAGGCAUUUGAGUAUGAGGACCUAGAAAACAAACCUGGGAGGCUUCAGGAAUUCUAUGACUCAACUGCAGGAAAAUUCAGCCAUCCUGAAAUAGUGCAGCUUGUUUCUGAACUUACAGCAGAAAGAAAUACUAAAAUAGCUGCAGGAACCAGUGAGCCUCAUCCUUGAGAUGAGGAAACUGAGAGAGAUGAUGAAGGAACUUCCCCCCCAAAUUAUAUAGACAGUGUUGACAUUGGAACCCAGACCCUUCGACUUCAAAUCUAGUGUUUCCUUAUACCACAUUUGUAAGUCAAGUUCAAAAAUGAUGUUGACACUGCUUUUCACAUGCAGCACAGAAGGGUUGUUGUGAGGAAGGUGCUUUAAAGUGCUUCAUAAUUCUUAAAGUACUAUGUGAAUGUGAAUUAUGAGUGGGUAAUAUCAUGAUUUGAAUUUAAGAUCAGUAGGAAAUCUGGUGGCAAAGAUUUUACGACUUACAAAUCUUAGGUAAUUAAGUAGAGGAAAAUGGCAUUACUAAGAAUUCGGAUAGACAUUUUAAUUAAAGUUUAGAAAUUUUAUUUGAACGCGUUUGGCAGAAAUAAUUUUACAUAAAACUAAUCACAUGACCUCCAACACCAAUUUCUCACUGUUAUCAUCCUCAGACUCCAAUUCCUAAAUGGAUGAAGGUAUUUCUGUGAUUUACAGUUUGCCACAUUUGUUUACUUUUAGUGCAAUUGAACUUGAAAACUUUCAGUUGACAAAAAAUUUUGAAACCAAAAAAGAUAGAUAUAAAAGCAUCUUAGGCCACAAAUACUCUUUAAAUUUUAACUGUUGUGAACCGCAUAAUAUUUCAAAAUGUCUUUAAUAAAAUGUGUAGACUUCAUAUGAUUCUGGUCCAAAUUUGUAGGGAGAUACACAAUUGAAUCUGAAUGCCAAUUGCUUUGCUGGCAUAACCUAGCAAAACUGUUAAUUGUGAUGGAUAUAUUCUAUAAAAUAUAAUUGAAAUGGAACUUUAUGACUAAUAAAAAUUGUUUUUAAAAACUG